GCCCAGGAAGGUGCAGCCGCGUUCGCCGCGCCCGCGCCGGCAAAGCGGAGGCGCCCCCGGCCGCUGCGCCGCCUCUCCGCGGCCUCCCGCGGGGGAGCCCCCGGGAACGGGGUUCCCACGGCUGGGGCUGCCUGCGCCCUACCGCGAGGAGGAGGAGGAGGAGGAAGGCGGGCGGGGGAGCAGCUAUGCCGUGGGCAGGAGGGAAGCCGCUCUGCGAGCGUGAACCGAGCUUAGCGCCGCCGCCUGCCUCGCCUCCCCGUCCGUCCGUCCCUCCCUCCCUUCUCCCCUCCUCCCCCCGCCUCCCCCCGCCGCAGACGGCUGCGAGCCCGGAUGGUUUGCGAGCGGAGUUGAGGGGGCAAACUUUGAAGCCCAGAUGCCUCUGGGGCUGCGCGACAGAGCGCGGCUGCUCCUGCAGGCACCUGCCGCCGCCCUCCCCCCGGCGCUGCCGCCCUCCGCGGGGGCGGCCGGCCCCGCUGCCCGCGACCGCCGAGGCGGCGGGCGCUGCGGCCGCGGCUGAGGGCGGGCGGGCGGGCGGCGGGCGCGCCCCCAUGCGGGUCCCGGGCUGGGGAGCGCCGGCGGCAGGCGGGAGCCGGGCGGCGGCCGGGCGGUGCUCUCCCGCCGCCUGAGUGGGCGCGGCGCGGGACGGCGGCGCGGGGUGCCGGGAGCCAUGGGCUAUUGCAGCGGCCGGUGCACGCUGGUGGCCGUGUGCGGCGCGCAGCUGGUUUCUGUGCUCGAGAGGCAGAUAUUUGACUUCCUUGGUUAUCAGUGGGCACCCAUCCUCGCAAAUUUUAUACACAUUAUUAUAGUCAUACUUGGCUUAUUUGGAACCAUCCAGUAUAGACCUCGUUACAUAACAGGAUAUGCUGUCUGGCUGGUCCUUUGGGUUACAUGGAACGUGUUUGUUAUCUGCUUCUAUUUGGAGGCUGGAGACCUUUCAAAGGAAACAGACCUCAUUCUGACCUUUAACAUCUCAAUGCACCGUUCCUGGUGGAUGGAGAAUGGGCCAGGCUGCACCGUGACCUCAGUAACCCCAGCCCCGGACUGGGCACCAGAGGAUCAUCGCUAUAUCACUGUCUCGGGGUGUUUCCUUGAAUAUCAGUACAUAGAAGUGGCUCACAGUUCUCUUCAGAUCUUCCUUGCACUGGCAGGCUUCAUCUAUGCCUGUUAUGUUGUGAAGUGUAUUACUGAAGAAGAGGACAGCUUUGAUUUCAUAGGUGGAUUUGACUCUUACGGCUAUCAAGGUCCACAGAAGACAUCUCAUUUACAGCUGCAGCCCAUGUAUAUUGCCAACAGUGUGCUCUAUGCUGUACAAGCCAAGAAGCCUAGACAGUCCCUUCAAAACGAAUACGCUUUUUGAACAGAACGGGACAGAUCCGAUGCUCAUGUACCUCCUUGCAGUGUGGCCACAGCUGAUGUACUCAAAAGCAGCUUCCUGGCAUUCUGUGCCGGAGAUGCCAGUGCUCAUUUCCAGACCAUGGCAGAAGGACACAAUAAGAUGGCGGAAAUCAAUUGUCAAGACAAAAUUCUCCUCUUGGGAGGUGACGAAGGAAGGUCAAAGUAAACAUGGGGACUACUCAAGGUGGGCUGGAGGACCUGUUCAAAAAUCCCUUUCAGGAUGGCCUCCUGGUUCUUCAAAGAGAAAAGAAAUCCAAUUUUGUGCUAAAAAUAAUGUAUAAAAGCUGAUUGAACAGUGAGACAGAAAACAACAGAGACCUUCAGCCUGUCUUUCUAACAGGUACUAAAGGAGAUGCCCUAGACCCCCUCCUUGAACCUCCUGCCUCUCAGCAGCAGAGGGACACAGCAGAGGCAUUGCAGCCACCUUUUGUCCCUUUCUUUCCCUGGCCACCGCCAGCACGGCCCACCUGGAUUAAGACAUGAACCCAGCCCACUCAGUGCUGUGGGAGUCUCCUCCACACUCUGGGCCGUGUUGAGUCUCCUCAGCCAACACAACACUGAAAUACCAGGAUGACCUUGCAGCAGAAGUCAAUAGACAGCGCAUUGUUUGCCGUGAAGGCUGUACAGUUCAUACUUGCCUUAACCCAACUGCGUUGCACAUUAGAGAAACUACGUGCAAGCUUUCUGAAAUUAACAUGCUGCUGUUAAUUCUGAACGAUUUCUAAGUCAGUGGUUUUCUUCUGUUUGGUUUUGCUUUGUUUUCAUGUCAGGGAAUAAGGCUCUGUUGGUCCAUGGCUCCAGAGCAACCAAGUAGAAACUGCCAGCUGUCUGAUAAGUGCUUUACUUUUGGGGCUUCACAGUGGUCAAGAAACAGUUUAUAAUGAUUAAAAAGAAAAAUAAAUAAAGAAAUAAAUGAGAUCUUUUGGGGGUCAGGGAGGGAAAAGGGGUAACAGAAACUAAUAAUUGAACCUACUGGAAAUAAGCAGCAGAAACUGUGCUUCUUAAUCCCGCUGGUUUUAUUUAUCGCACUGUAGGUGCUUUUAUAGCUAUCUCUAAACAUCUUUUACUAACUACAGAGACAUCUGCAGAUUUCUAUGAACAAAGGCCAACUGAAUAUGUACUAGCUAUGUUUACUCUUUUAUAUCUGAUUUCAACUAAAAGUUCUCUGUAAGUGAGCUUUUUUUUUUUCUAAUUGCACCAUAAGGGAUCCACAUAUUUUAUUUCUUGAUUUUGGUUGGAGAGGGCAGGGAGGGACUAGUUGAGUUGAAGAAAUACUGAAGACCUUUUUGUGGUAUAUUUGGGGGAUCUGUUGUCUGUUAGAACGUGUAUUUUAUCUUCCUGUAUUAUUGUGGCUGAAAAAACCUCUGUGCUGUUACGUAGUUGGCAACAAGAUGCCUUUGGGAAUUUUGCUAGUAGGUCAAUGUGUAUAUGAAAUACUCUGAACUCCUAGGAACAUAUGUUUUAUUCUACAUCUGAUCUGUAUUUUCAAGAACGUAGAUGGCUUUCACUAGGAAAACCCAAUAUUUUGCUCAGGUUUUUCAGAAACUUGGAUUGUCAUUGUUUCUUUGCUCAGACCUUGCAUAGACAAACGCACGCACCUACCACACCUGAGAUGACCACCUAGCUUUUGAGGGCAAGAGGGAAGGUCAGCGCUUGGAAAUGCUCAAGGCACCCCUGGGCAAUUCCCUUUUCCCUGCUGGCUAAACCCUGCUCCAGAGGCCUGUGUGCUCACACCACUCACCCAACCCUGUACAAGCCAGUGCCCUUUGCUGUGUCUGCAUGGAUGUACAGUGUCACAAACAACAACUCUGGACAAUGACAGAGGAACAGGCAUUCACCAGUGAAAACAAGAUACGGGACAUGUUCAGGAACUAUACCUACAUUGAUUCAGUGAGAUUUAUAUAGAUAUAGAUAGAUAUAUAUAUAUGUAAGUGUGUGAAGGUGUGUGUAUGUCUAUUUAUAUAAAAUACACAGGACUAUUUUUGGGGGCUGCAUCACCCAGGAAGAUUCUGAUGCAAUGGACCAAGGGUCCCGUCUCAGAUACUGCUGGGAAUUUCAUGCAUGAAAUAUGAAUGUCCCCUAGGCCUGAUCCUGUAAAGCAUUCAUUGCUGAUUUGGAUCUCAAAUUUAAAUUUUCAUACUUGAGUACCUGAAAGUAUGAGUUCCUGCUGGGUAGAGAUGCUUUUCACCCCCUGGAAACCCCAUGCAAUUUCCAAGUGACAGGCUGAAAUUUCCCAUAACUUGAAAAACUAAAAAAGUUUCUUCUUUCAUGUAGUAUUAAAUAUAGCAUAUAUACAGUAUUAAACACAAUGAAGAGGUUUAAAUGGGAUGAAAAUGUCAUAACAGGUUAUUUUAUCUUUCCCUGUAUACCAGUUAAUCAAAAUGAUAUUUCUAUAGAAAUCAUUUUUAACAUGAAAAGAAACCAGUUUAGGCACCUAAGCAGCAAUCCAAUUUUCAGAAGAUAAUUUUUCAUACCUUUCAGUGAUUUCCCAUGGAACAGCAGCUACUGGUAGUUAGCAAUUUUAGAAGUCAGACGAUUUAAUGAAGUGUCUACACGUAGCUUAUAGGCCUGAUUUUAAAUUAGAAAAUUUUGGCCUUAAUUUCUCUGUGUCUUAGUCUUCCCAUCCAUAAUACGGGAAUUAUAUGUGCCUCACAAGCUUUUUGUGAGGUCUGAAUUGUUAAUGUUUGUAAAAUGCUUAGGAAAUAGGAAGCACAUCUAACUACUAUGGAUUGCAAUAUAAAUGUGUGUUCAUAUAUUACAUAUAGAGUAGGUACACACACUCACAUACACACAGUAUAUAUAUAUAUAUAUAUAUAUAUAUAUACACAUACAUACCUAUAUGAAGUUGGUAUUCAUAACCCUGCUUAAGUUGAAGUUAGAGCAUCACCAUUUAAAAAAUUAGGAUGGUUGACUACUCAACUAAAUGAUUAGUGGACAGAUCUCUUCUGGAAGCAGUUUAGAGCGCAGUAAUGUGAGAAUAUCUGGAUGGCAUUUUUGAUUUGUACAGCUGUAUCCUCCUCAAAAUCCAGUAAAGAAUGUUAUUUUUCUAGGCUGGGCUUUUGUUAUAAACUAAAAUAUUCAGAAGGCAAGAGAUACAAUCCAAAUGUGUCUUUUUUUCUUUUCUUUUUGGCAUUUGUUAAUUCUGAAUGUAUUUUUAACAAAAGUGAUUUUUUUGACUUACUAGUGUAAUUUGCAUUUUAAAAAAAAAUAAAUGGAAAAAAUAUAGGUUUCCAAGCUAUUCAUGGCCCCCUGCUGCUAUUCAGAACUUACAGGAAACUCAGAAUUACUCUUCCCAGCUGAGCAACAAUACAGGAUAAAGAAUCCUAUUACAUUUACAUGAUGACAAUCCCGAUCUGUGCAGUGCAUGGAUGUGACAGCACUGAAUAGAAAUUGCCGGGUCAUGACACCAUUUUAAUGCUGUCAUAUGUACCAGGUAUUUUCAUUAUCACUGACACUAAAAGGUUUCUUUUACAAGGCUGACUGCAACAGACUCUUUACUUAGAAAACAGGGCUGGUUUUGCCCACUCAUCAGGAAUUUUAAGCCCAUGAUAGGUAUAGAGUUGCCAACACUGUUAAGUAUUGCAAAAAUACUUGUUAAGAAGAAGCUAAGUAACAUGGAUAUUUCCUCUGCAUUCAUAUUCUUUUAUAUGCUAUUUAUUGUCCCUACACUGAAAUGAUGGAAUCCUGUCUUAGGCAAAAUGUUUAUAGAGCUCACAUAUAUUGACAGCUUGCCUGAGGUCAUUUAAUAAAGGUGGAGCAGAAUGAUA